AUGAGAGCCCGGACGCUCAAGGGUAUGAGGCCGUUCGACGCCAACCCCGGCGCGUGCAUCUUCGUGCAGCCGUCUGACGAUCUCCGCAACUACCGCGAAUGUCUCCGCAACAAGCGCGUCUUUGUCGGUGGGAACUCCGUUGCACGACACCUCGCUUUUGCAAUGGCUAUGCUGCUCAGCGGCAACAGCGCAAUGUCUCCCAUUGCGAAGCUUCCUAGUCCGCGAGUCGUGCGUGAUGCGGAGAAGGCCUUCUGCGGCACAGGGACCUUCGGUCGCGAAGACGACGCGGCCGCCUGCGAGUUCAUCGUCGGACAAAACACAAACAUCACCUUUGGUUGGGAGCAGCGCGUCUACUCCACCGGGCUUUGGCACGGGCUAGCUCAGCUUCAGCCAGACUUGCUGCUGCUGCACGCGGGCUCGGACGACAUCUUCGACGCGGAUCGACGAGACGGCUGGCACUUCAGGCAGCGCGCGGAGGGGGCGUUGCUCGCGCACGCGCUGGCCAACUUGUCACGCGGCAUCGUGUACUGGAGGACGAGCCCACGCGUGUGCAACUCGACGCUUGGCCAGACUGCUAGCGUGCUCAACGCGGCGCUCCAGUCCUCCAAUCUGCUCCUCCUCUCGCAGCUCUGCGGCCAAGAGACGAUCAAGGUCCGCGUGGCGGAUUCCUUCUCUUGGACGUUUGGCCGAUGCGACGAGUAUGACGACAGCAUACACCACGCACUGCUCGCACACGAUCACGUGAUCUUCCUCAUCGGUGCGGACGACGACGUCGUCCUCGACCCGCGCCUCGCCGAGCGGCGCCGCCGCGCCCGCACCUCGGCGGCCGCCGCGCCGCCGCCCGCCGCCUCGCGCUGGGCCGGCCGCCAGUCGGACGAAGCGAUCGUUGCGUGCGUCGGUGAGCGGUUCGCGGAGCUGGAGGUGUGCGUGGCCCGAACGCCGGAGGAGCUGCUGCGGAGCAACGCCGAGGCCGUCGUCGUCAUCUCGUACCUCACUCAGACGUCAUUUGCGUGGUACGCUCGCUUCUUUGACGCGCUGCGCGAGCUCGAGGCACGCGGGACCAAGGUGUACCCUUCCGCUGCCUUCAAGCAGCUCGUCUCCUCCAAGGCGGACUACCUCCUCCUCCUCGAGCGGACCGGCCUCCCCGUCUGCCCAACUCGCCUCCUGGGCCAGGCGGCGCUCACCGAGCCGGCGACCUCCUCCGCCACUGACGGCAGCGCGGGCGGCAGCCGGGCGGACCCGGUUGCUCUCGAGGCUGCGCUGCGCUCCUCGCUCUCCGAGCUCGGCCUGCUCUCCACCCGGGAGGGCGGGCGCCCCUCACUCGCCUCGCGCCGCUACGCGCCCUUCCAGCUGGUGAGCAAGCCCUCCAACGCCGACGGCGGGUACGGCGUCGCCUUCUGGCUGGGCGGCGGCGAGGCGGCGGCGGAGGGCGAGGCGGCGGUGGCGGAGGUGCCGUCCGUGGCGAUGCACUACGAGGUGAAGCUCUACUUCCUGCGCCGACAGCCCUUCUACGCGGCCCUCGUCUACGGGAAGGAGUCGGUGGUGGCGAGGGUGGCGAGGCCAGGCUCCGACCCGGCGCUGUUUGCGUACUUUGCGCCUCUGCUGCGCGAGUCGCGCCGUGCGCUCCCUCCCGACGGGCCUCUCGACCCAAAGAUCCUCCUCCGCGUCGACUGGUGCGUCGGCAGGCCGCAGGGGCCAGCGCAGCGCACGCAGGGCGGAGGCGGCGGCAGCGGAGGCGAGGAGGGCGGUGGCGAUAGGGGCGGCGGCGGCGGCAGCGGAGGCGAAGGAGGCGGGGGCGGGGGCGGAGGCGACGGCAGCGGAGGCGAGGAGGGCGAGGGCGAGGCGCGAGGGCGCGAGGCGCCCCCGCCGUCGCCGCGAUCGCUCAAGCGCUCGCUGCAGCUGCGCGCAGGCCGCGCCGAGUCGCCGGAGCGCCGGCUGCGCGCGGCGAUGGCGGCGCAGGCAGAGGCGCCGCUCUCGGGCGAGGAGGCGUACUUCAUCAACGAGGUCGAGAUACACCCGGGCUACUACGUGGAUUGGGACGAGGCGCCCGACGAGACUAUCGAGCCGCUCGCCGAGGCGUACGGAGAGUACCUCGUCGAGCUCCUCUGUGGCCCCGCGCCACCGGCUCCGCACGCGCAGCCGCCAGCGGGGAUACAGAUGCCUCCGGCGUAG